AUGGGGUCUUGGGCCCUGCUGUGGCCUCCCCUGCUGUUCACCGGGCUGCUCGUCCGACCCCCGGGGACCAUGGCCCAGGCCCAGUACUGCUCUGUGAACAAGGACAUCUUUGAAGUAGAGGAGAACACAAAUGUCACCGAGCCGCUGGUGGACAUCCACGUCCCGGAGGGCCAGGAGGUGACCCUCGGACCCUUGUCCACCCCCUUUGCAUUUCGGAUCCAGGGAAACCAGCUGUUUCUCAACGUGACUCCUGAUUAUGAGGAGAACUCACUGCUUGAGGCUCAGCUGCUGUGUCAGAGCGGAGGCACAUUGGUGACCCAGCUGAGGGUGUUCGUGUCAGUGCUGGACGUCAAUGACAACGCCCCCGAAUUCCCCUUUAAGACCAAGGAGAUAAGGGUGGAGGAGGACACGAAAGUGAACUCCACCGUCAUCCCUGAGACGCAACUGCAGGCUGAGGACCGCGACAAGGACGACAUUCUGUUCUACACCCUCCAGGAAAUGACAGCAGGUGCCAGUGACUACUUCUCCCUGGUGAGUGUAAACCGUCCCGCCUUGAGGCUGGACCGGCCCCUGGACUUCUACGAGCGGCCGAACAUGGCCUUCUGGCUGCUGGUGCGGGACACUCCGGAGGACAAUGUGGAACCCAGCCACACUGCCACCGCCACACUACUGCUGAACGUGGUGCCCGCCGACCUGCGGCCCCCCUGGUUCCUGCCCUGCACCUUCUCAGAUGGCUACGUCUGCAUUCAAGCUCAGUACCAUGGGGCUGUCCCCACGGGGCACAUACUGCCAUCUCCCCUCGUCCUGCGCCCCGGACCCAUCUAUGCUGAAGACGGAGACCGCGGCAUCAACCAGCCCAUCAUCUACAGCAUCUUUAGGGGAAACGUGAAUGGUACAUUCAUCAUCCACCCAGACUCAGGCAACCUCACCAUGGCCAGGAGUGUCCCCAGCCCCAUGACCUUCCUUCUGCUGGUGAAGGGCCAACAGGCCGACCUUGCCCGCUACUCAGUGACCCAGGUCACCGUGGAGGCUGUGGCUGCAGCCGGGAGCCCGCCCCGCUUCCCCGAGAGCCUGUAUCGUGGCACCGUGGCGCGUGGCGCCGGAGCGGGCGUUGUGGUCAAGGAUGCAGCUGACCCUUCUCAGCCUCUGAGGAUCCAGGCUCAGGACCCGGAGUUCUCGGACCUCAACUCGGCCAUCACAUAUCGAAUUACCAACCACUCACACUUCCGGAUGGAGGGAGAGGUUGUGCUGACCACCACCACACUGGCACAGGCGGGAGCCUUCUACGCAGAGGUUGAGGCCCACAACACGGUGACCUCUGGCACCGCAACCACAGUCAUUGAGAUACAAGUUUCCGAACAGGAGCCCCCCUCCACAGAUGUCCCCCCAUCCCCAGAGGCUGGAGGAACAACCGGGCCCUGGACCAGCACCACUUCCGAGGCCCCCAGACCCCCUGCGCCCUCCCAGGGACCCUCCACGACCAGCUCUGGGGGAGGCACAGGCCCUCAUCCACCCUCUGGCACAACUCUGAGGCCACCAACCUCGUCUACACCCGGGGGGCCCCCGGGUGCAGAAAACAGCACCUCCCACCAACCAGCCACACCCGGUGGGGGCACAGCACAGACCCCAGAGCCAGGAACCUCUCAGCCGAUGCCCCCCGGUAUGGGAACCAGCACCUCCCACCAACCAGCCACUCCCGGUGGGGGCACAGCACAGACCCCAAAGCCAGGAACCUCUCAGCCGAUGCCCCCCGGUAUGGGAACCAGCACCUCCCACCAACCAGCCACACCCGGUGGGGGCACAGCACAGACCCCAGAGCCAGGAACCUCUCAGCCGAUGCCCCUCAGCAAGAGCACCCCAUCUUCAGGUGGCGGCGCCUCGGAGGACAAGCGCUUCUCGGUGGUGGAUAUGGCGGCCCUGGGCGGGGUGCUGAGUGCGCUGCUGCUGCUGGCUCUCCUUGGCCUCGCCAUCCUUGUCCACAAGCACUAUGGCCCCCGGCUCAAGUGCUGCUCUGGCAAAGCUCCGGAGCCCCAGCCCCAAGGCUUUGACAACCAGGCGUUCCUCCCUGACCACAAGGCCAACUGGGCGCCCGUCCCCAGCCCCACGCACGACCCCAAGCCCGCGGAGGCACCGAUGCCCGCAGAGCCCACGCCCCCCGGCCCUGCCUCCCCAGGCGGUGCCCCUGAGCCCCCCGCAGCGGCCCGAGCCGGCGGAAGCCCCACGGCGGUGAGGUCCAUCCUGACCAAGGAGCGGCGGCCAGAGGGGGGGUACAAGGCCGUCUGGUUUGGCGAGGACAUCGGGGCGGAGGCAGACGUGGUCGUUCUCAACACGCCCACCCUGGACGUGGAUGGCGCCAGUGACUCCGGCAGCGGCGACGAGGGCGAGGGCGCGGGGAGGGGUGGGGGUCCCCACGAUGCGCCCGGUGGUGAUGACUCCUACAUCUAAGUGGCCCCUCCACCCUCUCCCCCGGCCGCGCGGGCACUGGAGGUCUCGCUCCCCCAACCUCCGA